AUGCAAAAGAUGAAUCCUCUCUUCACAGGUCUCAUUACUCCUCCUGAAUCUCCGGUGCGAUCUGUUCAAAGUUCUUCAGACGAUACCACAGCUCAAUCUUCUGCUCCUUCAAUCUCGGAUGCAAAUCCAAGCUCCUUUUCCGCAAGUAAAGCUCAAAAUGCUUUAGAUGCGCUCUUUGCCGCUAUUCAAGACACCAAGGCGGAAACCGUUGAACCGAAUGGUGCCAUCUUCUCCAACAUGGCCUUAGACUCAGAACCAGCUUCCGCUUCUACGACAUCCAUCGACUUCAACAAUGCCAGUGAGAUCAUAUACUCCAUCAUUGAACAAGGGGUAGAGGAGAAGAUGACUGAGGCAGUCGGUCAUCUGCUCUUAAAUACAAAUCAACUGGAGAAGUCUCUGGCAUCGUUUCAUCGCGAGAACAUCGACAUACGGGAUCAAAAUGACACAUUGAGCCGCCAAAUUGACCUGCACUAUCGCACCAUUGAACAAAAUAUGGAAGAGUUCAAGACACAAUCCAAGACCAUGAACACCAUGAUCGGAGCUCAAGCCGAUAAUCUCGCCGCAACCAUUACCAUGGUCAGCCACCUCUCUCAAGUAGUCGCGAAUCUCCCCAUGGCUAUCAACCAAGUAGUCUACACUGCAAUUCAGCAACAGGCUCAGCUAGCUAUUCGCGACAUCAUGUUUGCUCAGCAACAGGCCAUGUUCUCUGUCUCUGAUAUUUCUGGCACCAGACGGUCUGUCUCUAGCGAUGGAAGCUCUAGCCAGUGCACUUGUCAUCGUGGCUUAGAAAUCGAGUCUAUGUCAUCAAUGCAGCAUAUCAAUAGCUCCUCUAACAGCACUUCUUCGAAUACCAGUCGAGGCUUACGAUACAGCUUGAAGAAGCUGUUCAAGUCUAGCAACUUGCCCAAAAAGACUCCUUCCAAGGGACGCACCGCUGCUCACGACCGUCGAUCUCCUUCCAAGGCAUUGAAACUCGAGCAGAAUGCCCUGCCUGAGAAAAUCAAGACUCCGAACUCUGUUCCGCGGGAUACCACUUAUUCCCACAAUCUUCCUACUGAUGAGCAGAAGAAAGGUAAUGGACGAGUUACUGGACGCAGCCUGAUUAUGUGGAACCGACCUCGCAUGGCAGAGAAGCUCAUUCUCCACCUUCACUACGAAUGUGUCCGCCACAAGGUUAACAUUCCUUGGGAUGCCAUUGCUCAUCGCCUCCGUCCUGGUUCAUCAGGUGCGGCGGUCUUGCAGCACGUCAAUCGCCUCCGCAAGGAGCUUCUUGCUGAGGGACACAUGGUCCCUCCCCCAGCCCAGAAAGCAUCUCCUCUUACUCCCUUUGAUCCUAGCAUCAGAGGGUAUGUUCGUGAUUCCUCUGGGGAUAAUAAACAUGCCACUCGAGCUGUAGGUUUUGAUGAAAAGCUGGAUGAUGCUAAGAUCAAUCUUCCUGAUGCUCUUGAUGCAUUGGAAGAAGUUGACGAAGAUGAGUCUGCUCACUUGUCAUUUUCUACUCUUGAGGACGAUAUACAGGUCCCGGUUACACCAACUCCUGUCCGACAUGCAGCUCCACGUCGCCCCAUGUCUGCUCCUCACUACAGCAUGAAUGCACAGGGCUUCCAACUCGGAGCUGGAGAAGACGCCCAGCAAUUUAAUUUUGCCCCUCCCAAUUUCACGCUCAAGGGUACUGAGGGAAUACAGCCUCUGAGCACCAAGAAUCUUUCCCCCAUUGACAAGCAGACUCAGCAAAACAUGAGUGGAAGCAAUCUCUUUGAUCCUUUUACGGGAAAUUUCUCUUAUCCUCCCGUUAGACCUAGCCAUGGACAGAUCAGCCCUGGCGGACACGUGCUUCGCGAUGGCUGCCAGCAGCCCUUUUUCAUGGGAAAUCCCUUUUAUGGCCAUUACGCAGGUUACUAUGGUAUGGGCCACCCAGGCUUUAUGCCAAUUCCUCCCUACAAUUUCACUCUGCCUUCUCCUCCCGCUCCAGCUGUCCCUGGCCAGCCCGCUGAGAAGCAAUCUCCACUGAGCUCCCCCCUCGCUGUCAAAGAGAGAGAGGCCUCAGUCUCUCCUGUUUCUUCUCCUGUUGAAAGUCAAGUCCCGGCAUUUCAACCAGAGACUUCGCGACCUGUGGCGGACACCCCCAAGGAACAAGAACUUGACGAGCUUGAUCCAUUUAGCCACGACUUGCUUCUCGAAUUCCUUAACUCGAACUAG